AUGCUACUAUUAUUGUUGUUGCUGGUAGAUGGUUGCUCUUGCAAUGACACCCCAUUCGUCAUUAAUCGGGUCACAAAUCAGGUCGAAUUCUCGGAGUUACUUCUAGGAUAUAAUUAUGAUCAUGCUGAUAAUCGUUCUGUAGAGAUUCCGAAAGGUAUUAAAAUUUGGAGGCCUGACACGAAUAUCUUCGAAUCAGUUGCGACGUAUGGCGCACAAUCACUUCGCUUAUACUCUGAUGGCACUAUUUGUUGGAAGCAACGAGCUACUUUAACAUUUCCUUGUAUUUCGUACUUUAGACUCAAACAAAGUGCUCUGUCAACUCUGAAUUGCUCGUUGAUUAUUGGAAGUUUCGACAAUUCAGGAGCAGAAUCGAUUAUAUACAGAAUUGGCGACAUAAUGCUACCACCAAAUUUGAAUCCAAUCUUCACGAUCAAUUACACGAUUGCAACAUUUCAAGAAAUUGCACUAAAUGGGGAAUCAGUGAUUCAAACUGCCAUACAUUUCCUUAUUGAAUCGGAUCAAAUUGAUCGGUAUUUUAAUAGAACAGAACUUUAA